GUGCUUGUACUAUAAUGAUAUCUUCUUAUGAUAAAAAAUCCGACAAGAUUUCCCAUAUUUCGGCUAAUGCUUGUUUGACGCCAUUAUGUUCUGUUGACGGUAAACAUGUCAUAACAAUCGAAGGAAUUGGGAAUGUUAAAAACCCCCACCCUGUUCAGGAACGUAUAGCCUUGAUGAAUGGUUCACAAUGUGGAUUUUGCACUCCAGGAGUUAUUAUGUCACUUUAUAGUUUAUUACGCAAUAAUCCGAAUCCGUCUGAGGAAGAGGUUGAAGAAUGUUUUGAUGGUAAUCUUUGCAGAUGUACUGGUUAUCGCCCUAUACUGGAUGCCGCAAAGACGUUUGCGAAUAAUAUGGAAAUCGAUGGUCCUUAUGAAAAUCAUAAGCCUCAAGAGAAUGGAGGAUGUGGUAAAGCCGAUUGCUGCAAAUUGAAUAAUGUUGAUACUAAUUUCGACCAUAACUUUACGCAAAUAAAAUUCAAACAAUAUGAUGCAACUCAAGAACUGAUUUUUCCUCCAACCUUAAUGAAAUGUGAACUUAAACCUUUGCAUUUUCAUAGUAGCAAAACAAAAUGGUUCAGACCUGUUGAUUUGAAUCAGUUAUUAUUCUUGAAAUCAGAGUAUCCAAACGCUACACUGGUAUCUGGCAAUACUAGAAUUAGUAUAGAAAAAAAAUCUUUGAAUUUGCAUCGUGAAAUUUUAAUUUAUAUGGGUGAUGUACCAGAAUUGAAAUCUUGGGAAUUUAAAGAUGAUGGAUUAUAUCUUGGUGCAAAUAUGAGUAUUUAUCAAGCCAACAAAGUAUUAAAAGAAGCAUGCAAUCAUUAUAAGCCUCAUCAAAUUCAAAUAUUUGAAGCACUUUUAGAAAAUCUUAAGCGAUUUGCUACUAAUCAAAUCCGUCAGGUUUCCACAUUGGGUGGAAAUAUUAUUGCCAACAUGUCAAAUUCGGAUUUGAUUCCUUUUAUUCUUUCAUCUAAAUCUAUAUUUUCUCUCACUUCUUUACAAUCUACAUUACCAAAAAGUCGAUCUAUUCCAUCUGUAUCUUUUUGGAUGGGAUAUAAACAAGACUGUCUUGAAAGUUCUGAAAUCUUGGAAAAAAUUUUUAUUCCAUGUUCAAAACAAGACCAAUAUAUCAGAACUUAUAAACAGUCUAAAAGGCAUUAUGGUGAUACUGCCAUUGUUAAUGCUGCAUUAUCUGUAACAUUGGAUGAUAAUGCUUGUGUGGAAGAAGCUGUUUUUGCUUUUGGAGGAGUAAAUGAAGCUGUCGUCAGAGCUCCAAAAUCUGAAAAUUUUAUUUCUGGUAAAAAGUGGGGUGAUGAAAAUGUGUUAAAAGAAUUACUUAAAAUAUUAUGUGAG